UGCAGCUUGGACGACCAGGACUACAUCAUCAACUCGAGGUUUACGCGUUAACAACGCUCUGCUAGUACAUAAUCGCUGACUCUUCCUCUCCUUUCCGACAUUCCUUCCAACUUUUCAUUCCCGGCCCCUACUCUAAUACCACACUCUGUAACUAAGCGCCGCACACAGCAUGUCGAUAAUUCGGACAGUUCUGCGGCAUCGCCGUAGUACCGUUUUUGGGACGAUUGGUCUCGCACUCUGGUUCUAUGUGUUUGGCCCAACUACCUUGUGGUCAUGGUUCACGCUUGUGUCCUCCCUCGCUGCGGUGGUCGUAUUCCUGUCUAUAGCGAGAGCAUAUAUCGCUCCUUACAUCGUCACGCGUUUCUCCAAUCAUCUACGUGUGCGGAGCAUUAGUCUUCGCUCGAUUCGCGGUCUAUACUUUCGUCGAGGAAAUCGUACGUGGCAUGUCGAACGCAUCGGGUAUUCGUACAGUUUGUCUGGGGAGGGCAAGCCCAUAGGAAUACUACUCAAGAUUCAGGGUCUCAGAAUUGAGAUUGAGCAGCUAUCGCACGAGCAGCCCGCUCGGACUAAGCAUAGGAGGAGAAUCACUCUUGUAGACUUGUCACCUUCCCCACUGGUUCUGCACUUAUGGUCUAUCAUGUCAGCCGUAUAUUGGGUGCUUGACCCGAUAAUCCGCCCUAUAAUCCGCGUUUCUGUCACGUCCAUCUUGAAUCAGGUGAUUCACCGUAUCCCGACUCUAACUCAAGCACUUCGUCUGGAACUUGAAUCGGCGGUCAUCGCACACACUGCUAUCCCAGAUGCCCAACUUGUCAUCGAAGGAGCAACCUUACACGCGCAUCUCACUUUCAGCCAUCUUCAGGUCCCCGUUCCCCGUUCUGACCAAAACAACGGUCAAGGGGACUACAGACCGUCUGCUGCAGCAUUGGCCAUGGGAGCGUGGAAGUCUCGGCUUGCGAUGGGUUUCAAGCGUACGUGGAGACGUGCUUGGGAUAGGACACUGGGCCAAACAAAGGCCUCUUUGACGUUCGAUUUGAUGAUCAAUAAAGUUAUCGGUGACACCCCUAUCCAUAGUCAUCUGGGCGGCGAACCAAUCGUGUAUCUGCCUGAGACAGUAAAUCUCACUGGGGCUGCUCGAUUCAGUCCACGAGACGGGAAGAUAGAAGCGGGAAGUGUCGAAGUUACUUUGCGCGUUCCGAAUGUCCAUGUCUCCAUCGACCGCUGGCAAUCCAUCCUUGCAAUCAUCGAUAACCAGAAAACCAAGAAUGCACAAUCUCCUGACUCACCCUUGCUGACGUCGCCACUUUCGCCUCAAAGUCCUAUGCUUUCGAGUGAAAGUAGUUCUGCAUCCUAUAAUCGUCCCCACUUUACAUUGCCGCCUGCUCGUUCUCGCAAGAGAAGGUCUCACAUGUCAUUGUCCUUCCUAUCCAAGAUCCAAGUGGACAUAUGUUCAAUCAACGUCACCAAAACAGUCAAAGGAGACGUUUACAGGGCUUCAGUGCAAGAUGUGUCUUGCGUUUGCGGUCCGAGCGACCCGGAUAAAAACUCUUCGCACCACGCUUGGCUCGGAUCUCUUCAUUCACCCACGUCUUCCGUUUACUUUUUACGACUCAAAAUCCGGGAAAGUGGCCUCAGUAGGCUCAAUAAUGUCUUCACUAGUAGCCUCCAGGUGCUUCUUCUCGGCGCCCUAGAUGCGUCCUUCACGGCAUCGGAAUGGCCUUCGUCCUUGCAACAGAUUUCAUUGGGUGAUCCAAAUCGGCCUUUGUUGUUGAUGGAUCUCGCACUCGCUGAAUUUGCUGUUACGGACCGCUUGGAUGUGGUACAUCGACUAUUAAGCAGUCCACCAAUCUCCUCUCCUCCCCGCGCGUCCCUCGCACUCCCUGAGACCUUGUCACAUAUCCCUCGAAUUAUCGCCAAUAUUGACGUUGGCCGUCUUUCUGCACGUCUGGUCUGUGUUGAUGUAAAGGGCUCUCACACGCCGUUUACCCUAGUCUUGGAGUCCAAAGGUCUCAAUGCCCAUUGCACAUCGACGUUCCGUACGAAGCCUUCCAUCACAUUCAAUUCCUCUCAUCCCUACUCUGAUCAGACUGGAUUGCACAUGAUCCUGCAGUGGGACUUUCAUAUGGAGCCUGUCUUUUUGAACCUAAACACAGCUUCUAUUUCGCGAAGAACCUCAAGACGGUUCUCCACACAGAAUCCGAACUCAGAAGGCUUUGACAGCUUGCUCUCCCUCGAAGCAAUUGAGGCCAAGGGAACAUUGGCUGCUGUCGGGGAAUUUAUUGAUGAUGGACAGACCGCGUUCAAUUUGCUGCGCACCAAAUCUCUUUUCCUCGACCUACACUGUUACACAGAAGGGAUCAUAUUGGAAUUGUGGCACCCGCAGUAUGUGGCUGCUGUCAUUGCCGUUAUUCCCUUACUCCUGACGAAGGAGAGCACGUCUGCGCCUUCUGAUAAACCUCUCACUCUGCCUCUAGGUUUUACCGUGUCUCUGUCUGUCGCUCGGCUGGUCCUUUUCGUCACAGGUCAAGAUAUCAAUCCCAACGCCGAAAACGAUGUCACAUGUGGUGUUGCAUUUAACACCGGCAUAGCGAUGCGGUACUGUUCCAUGCAUCCAGAGCAAGCGAAUUCUGUGGAGCAUGGGAGGACACGGACACGUACGCAGAACAGACAUAAGCUCCAUCUUCCUACAGACUACCUUGCAGACGCAUUGGUCUCCGCAAGGGCUUCUACGACGUCCACUGAAAGUACUGCUUAUGGGAAAAUGGUCCUGUGGAAUACGUUUCUGCGCUCAGCUGCUGCUGACACAUAUUCGAUGGACGACCCGUAUAUCUUUGAGAAAGACGAUCCUGCAUUCGCGGGCAAAAAUUUCGUAUACAUACACAGAACGGAGGUCGACGUCACUUCCCGAGGGACCAGGUCACAAAGUUUGGGAACUUUGCAGUGCAGUACGAAUACUAUAUCUGCGGCCAUUGACGAAGUCCGAAUUUCCUUUGACUUGGGGCAUGUCACCGCCUCCCUUCUUGCACUUCAAGUAUUGCGGAACAUAAUGCCUAAUCCACAACCUGCAAAAGCGUCGGGUGGCUCACAUGUCCUGGGCUUGAGCUUCCGGGGGAUGGUCAAGGCUCUGCAGAUCCAGUGGAAUUUGCCAGGUCAGCAGCCUGUCACGCGGAUCAACUACCUGGAGGCGACUGUUAGCCCUGAGAAUGUCGAGUGCUGCUUUAAUUCACUCGUGUUCUGGGUUCCGAUGCCUGCAAAGCCGCAUCGGUGGAGGGAGGCAGAGGAAGAUAGAUGGGAGGAGCUUGGGCGCUUGCAUAGAUGGACAAUUACUUGUGGAGGUAAUCCUAGCGACGCUAUCCUCAUUGAAGGGGACAGUGUCCGCUUCGCAGUUCCUUCAGGAUAUAUACUCGCGGACUUGCUCCUUGACAUUACCAUGUCAAUCAAGGCUUCGCGCCACAUACAUCGUAUGGUCACCACAGGCACAUACUUUCCUUUCCCUCCUCCAGAGGCCGAGGGUCCGAAGGUUGUGCCGAACAUCUCGGUGUCUAUCCGUGCCAUAUGCUUGGAGGCAGCAGAUGACCCUUUCGAAUCUCAACUUGGGUUGCUUUGCAGAACUGGCCUCGACGCUGCCAAAGAGCGCAUUCAGCGGGAAGACGCGUUUGACGCAAAAGUUUCUGCGAUAUUGGCUGCAGAAGGAGCUGAUGCUCCGCCGUCACAUAACACUGCAUUCAGCUCAGACUACCAAUUUGACGCGGGUCAUUCCAUUUCAGUUCAUGAGGCCCGGGAAAGACUACAUAUGGUCCAUUCUCUCGAUUGGCUUUUGCGACACAGACAACGAAGGCAAAAAAGGGCAGACAAAGAAGAUAACUUCCACCGAAAUUUCCGAGGGCCAAAUCCAUUGAAACGCCCAACCAAUGUCCCUAAUCUCGUGAACGUCUCUAGUAGCCGACGUACGCCACCCCUAUUCCGCGCAGUCAUCUAUGGAUUUCAGCUACAGCUCUCUCAGCCAUCAUUUCCACCGGAGCGACUACCUGACUUCUUGCAUGUUCAAGGCCGAGGCGUCCCCAAGGACACUUCUUACACGCUCCUUGUUCCAGUGCAUCUCGACGUCUCGUUGACAUCUCUUCGAGUCACGCUUCGAGACUAUCCGUUGCCACUCCUGCAUAUCCCGUUUCAUUCUGAAGGCAAAGACCUUCCUGUUCUGAAGUUCAUUUCUGACUUGGUCAUCGCCGAGGACAUGGGAUCAUCGCAAUCUGUCGAGUGGAUACCCUGUAUGAUCGGCGGGGCUCACGGUGGCUUUGUUCCGGGUAGCCCGCUCGUAAUUGAAGUUCCAAAAACCAUCAUGCCCGUCAAGACAUACGCUAAUCCCACUGUCCAAGUUAUGACUGAUGGCAUAACAGCCUUUGGUUGGGGCGUGAGCUACAGUGCAACGACUCAAGAUAUUGUUCGGGUCUUGGAGAGCUUAACAUCAGAAACGCGUGAUCCGUCUCCCAGUAUUGGAUUCUGGGACAAGCUGAGGCUCAUCUUCCACUGGACCAUAGAAGUUUCAUUCACCAAUGAGGCCAGGCUUUACAUGAAAGGUACACGCGAUCCAUACACCCUUCACGAUGAAGGUGCUGGUUUUGCACUCUGCUGGAAAGGAAAUCCAAAAUUACUUGUUGGAUUUCCGAACGACGUCAACGAACUUAUCCAGGUAUCAAGUGAUACUAUGUCUAUCAUCAUUCCAAAAUUCGAUUGCGAGUCGGAUACCGCUCAAAACAAGCCAGACGCCAGUGAAGCUCAUAACACCGCGCCUGGUUGCGUUAAGACCUGUGCGAAACUUGGCUCCGGUGUACGUUUCGGAGUUGGUGUCAUCCUGGAACGGUCUUGCAGCAGCGAAGAUUGUACAUCUUGCGCCGGUUCCUCCUUCGAUCGUCAUUGCCGCUUUUUCACCUUCCGGCCUCAUCAUGAUGUGCAACUUGCGACUACGAAAACUGACAUACUACAUCCACAGAGACUUCACGACUCCUAUAGGGGCUUCCGCUCUGACUUCAUUCACCUCUCUGUGUCUUUAACGUCGUCUCUGCAUUCGCAUACCUGCGCCGAUCCAUCUAGCCCAAGCAGUUUCCAUUUGACACCACACGCAUUUGCUCAUUUCUGGUCCUGGUGGGCACUCUUCGACAGCAAUCUGUCAUUGCCAGUCAGACAGGGCUCGUAUUAUCCCUCCAAAGCAGGAUCUCCCAAGUUUUCUCGUCACCUUGCAACCGUGAAGUACCGGUUAUCGGCACCUCGCCUGUUCAUAUCUCAUGUUUACAUUGAUGACACGAGAGACUCCUGGGUUUCUGGGACCACCUCCUUUGUGGGCACUAAGGCUAACGUCGGCCAUUUCCAAGCAGAUAUGCACCAAAGGGACCAAGAAUCCAUCGCUCCAGGCGACAGUCAGGACAGCAUCAAGGUUGUGCGACAUAAGCCCUUCUAUGCGGCGGAGGUGGUCAUGAAAGACAUAGAUCUCCGCGCCAUGCUGGCCACCUUUUCUGAGCCCUUGAAACAAGCCAUUCCUCUAUCGUUCGAAGGCGAUAGGGACGCCAAUAACUCCACAAGGCCGCUACCAACAUCCGUUCCCUCCGAUUGGAUCGAUGCCGACGACUUUGUGGAAACGGAUUGGUCUUCCAAACAUGAACCAGAUAUACAGCUCCUUCCAUUGUUACUUUGUUCCAGAUUGACUUAUUUCAAGAAAAAUGUCACUUCUGGACCUAUGGAAGGCAGCAAAUUUGGUGUAGAGGAUACGCACACGUGUCUUCUUGGAAGCGAGGCGUCUGUUCCACAGAUCGAAGUCGACCUUGCCAACGAACGAAUCGCGCAACUCGGGGUCCUUGCCGCACAAAGUGCUCAUGCCAACGAAGGGACCUCAAAUUCUCUGCACAGAAUGAUGGCUUUGUUACAGGACUAUGCGAAUCAUUUACGAAUGACCGAAAAUCCUCACACGGCUUCUCGAAGCAGCAAUAUUGAAAACUACUAUAUGCCUUCUGAGACUGUCGAGGCUGAUGAAUGGGCAGAGUUUGAGAACGUUUACCAAGUUCAUGCCCCUAAGGUUUUCAUGAAUGAUUCUAUCCGUGAUAUCAUGUUGCAGUACUAUAAUUGUUCAAAGUCGCGACAGGGAUUUGAGUAUCACAUGGCAACUCGUGCUGUCAAGUUCAUCAGGGACCAGGCUGAUGCUGCCUUGUCAACUGGGCCUCCGACCAAUCCUGAAAAGUCAAAGGGUCCUGUGAAUACGACUCAGACUGCUGCAACUGUUCUUAAAAGAAUCUUGAACAGGGAUCGCAAUGGUGUCUCGAUUGAGGUUGCGGAUGAUGUCGCGGAUGAAGAUGGUGUCGUCAACCCUCUCGUCGGCUGGGAUGAAGGAGUGGCAUUGCAAAAACGUCAUUUCUGCCUCCUUUUGAAGCCUCAGAUCGUUUUGCGCAGUGAAGGAAGUCCUGAUUCCGUUUCCGUUUUGGCUGCUGUUCAGGCUAAACUGCAAGCAUUCACAAUCAUGGAUAAGUCUAACCUAGAGGAUCCGAUCAGCGGUACCAUCAUGACUAGGAGUUACAUGUCUUUGGACGGUCUCCAGACAUUCUGUCCCGUAGACUUGGCGUCCUGUGGCGACGGAUGUGUACCCCUGGAGGUUCUUAUCGACUACCGUUGUGAAAGUGACGCCUUCGACAGAAUAGUCCCCCAGACGAAUGCGACGUGCCAGUAUGAUCGGUUCAAUCGCCUUCGUCUACGUAAUAAUGUAACAUCAGUCACUCGGUCUGUGCCGGACAAUGAGCACCGUCGAGGCAAAUAUGCUCAUUUACAGAACGAGACAGAUCUGGUCCAAGUCCGUGUCCCUCGGUUCACUGUUUCUGCCAGUGACCGUCACUUCCAAUCGAUAUCCAACAUAAUCACAAACCUCAUACUUUUCUCUGAUGCCGCUCACAAAACUCGGUUGGACAGGCUUGAGGCUUUGCUCUUUGCGUACGACUUUACAGACUUCACAUCCGCGGCAAAUGUUGUCUCAGAUCUACAAAGUCGCCUUCGAAACGCUCUUGAGACGCGGAGGGAUGCUGAAAACCAUGCGCUAUCGGCCGCCUCGGGGACCAAGCUGGAAAUCCUCAAGCUCGGGGCCCACAUCUUCCUUCUGACUGAGGAACUUAAUCUGAUCUUUGACGCCAUCAAGUUAGCCCAGGACCGAGCCGAUGAGCGCUCAGACCAGAAGUCAGCGCUUCUGCUUUUGGCUUCUUCUUCCGAAAUUUCGUGGCAAAUGCUGGAUGAACACCAAGAACUUCUUGCAAAGCUCGUAGUCCGCGACAUUGAUUUCUCUUGGCUCAGCAAACAAGAUAGUGCGACGGCGACUAAUCUCGUGAUGGGAGACCUUCAGGCAUUUGACGGCUCUCCUCAGGCUCCUUGGCCCGAAAUUGUGUCCAAAUUUGAGGACCCAUCCAAUCACCCCAUGUCCAAGAGAGGAGUCUUUCUUGAUGCUGAUUGGGCAGUGCUUGCCCCUGUAGGGGGGAUUUCUAUCUAUGAAAAAUUCCAGCUUGAUUUCCAUCCAAUCAGACUUCAGCUAGACGCCAGUCUCGGUCAGCGAAUAAUGGAAUAUGUCUGGCCGGCGAGGAGAAGUAGGAAUAGAGGCACCGACACUGCACCUCCGUUCGAUACGCACCACCCCAAACCCCGAGCGUCAUUGGAUUCUUCAACACUCCUAAACCAGCCACGCUCAUCUUUGGAUUCCACCAGUCUCACUCCUCCUUUACGGAAGUUGGGCCCCUCAAGAUCGUUCACAGAUUUGCGAAGUGCAGCGGCAGAUUCCAUGAUCACGCCAUAUCCUGCUACACAAUCUAAUCAACGUUCGUUUACGGCAAGCCCUGAUACGCUGGAUGAAUCUCGUCGACAUAGACACGCGAUCAUGCGACAGGGAUCGUUAGACCAUAAGACCGACUUCGACGAGAUGAAAACGCGCUCCUCACAAAAGAACUUCGUGCUUGUUAAGAUUUCCAGUUUGGAGUUGUUGCUCAGCAUCAUGAAGGCUUCAUCUUUUGAAUGUCGUGAUGCGCGCAUUCGAACACACGCGUUGGAGAUUAGAAAUCAGACCUGGAGUUUCGAAGAGUUGGUUGAUCAGUUUAUCCCAUCUGAUCUCACAUGGAAAGGAUGGGUCAAGAUAGCUUUGCAUCAACCAUUGGUCCCGGUCUUCCCUGUGGCCCGAGAAUUAUUCUCGAAGACGAAGCUAACAGCUUCCAAAAGUGUCUCGCAGCUAGAUCCUCGACCCCCUCGGAAGAUACUGAAGCUAAAACCAAAGCGAACAGACACCAACUCGACAGUUGUACCAGCUAGACAGAGGAGGUCAUCCUCAAGCGGCACCAAUCCCAGGUUUAUUGGAAUGUCUCUCACGGACGAGCCUACCGUCAUGGAUGAAUCGACACCCUCCCCUACUGUGCCAGAUAAUAAUCGCCCGUCAAGCCGGGCUCGGCUGCUUAGUGUUUUCAGUCGCAGCAGAAAGAGCCUAGAAAAUACACUCGACUCCGGACACCAGUCUGUGGAUAAUUGUGAUCCUGACUCUGCAGUGACCAAGGAAGGUUUCUAAUGGAUACUCACAAGGAUUUCUCAUUGUUUUCUCUUAAUUUGUUUCGCCUACUUAUUAAUAUUAUAUCUGCUAUCAUCUUCCUUGCAAUGAAUGUGUCAGGGCCAGGCCGGGU